AUGAUAGCAGAGGGAGAUCUGUUGAGGAGAAUUGUUUCCGGUGACGAUUUAUCUCGAAAAGCCGUCGUUGACGAGCAGGUCCAAGAUUUCAACGACGUUAAGCUGAGCCUGGGGCUGGGGCUGUCAUUGAACCGUCGGUUUGGGGUGGACCCGAAGGCCAAGGUGGGGCUACAACUCAAACGAUCGUCUUCAGUCUCAGACUUCUCGCCUGCGGUUAGGACUCCGGUGAGAGAUGAGGAGGCAACGACGUGUCACGUACCCCGGCCGUGUAUGGUGCCUCUGAUUAGGACUUGCUCACUUCCGACGGAGACAGAGGAUGAGUGGAGGAAGAGGAAGGAGCUGCAGAGCUUGAGGAGAAUGGAGGCGAAGCGGAAGCGAUCAGAGAAGCAGCAGAAGAGUUAUUCGAAGCUGCAUAGGGGCCGGACUUGGGAGAAUUUGGAGAAAGAUAGGAGAGUAGAGGCCAUCAAUGGUGGCAGUUGUCCUCCUCUUCCGAGUCCGGCGGCAUUCUGUACAGAUCCGCCAUGA